AUUAUUUUAGUCAUCAUCAUAAAUUUUGUUUUCCGUCUUUUUAAGUAGUGCACGGCAAGAAUCAUGCUUGAAAGAAGAAAUUCAGUUCAACUUAACCUUCGUAGGUCAUACUUCACUGAUUUCGUGUUGUUACCGUGAUUUAUUCUCAUGCUCGAGUAGGAAAUCGCAAAAAUAGGUUCCCGCAAGGCACAAAAAAAACCGCCAGUCAAUUAACUGUCCGCAAAAUUUUCACGACAUUCUUAGAUAACAUUAUAUACGUCAAGAAAUUCAAAUUCUGUCCACAAUUUCCAGCGUAGGAAUAAUGUUUCCUCUCCGGCCGCAGUUUCUAACUCACAUACAGAUAUUCUUAACGAAUACUAAACAAUUACGUUACAGAUAGAAACGCAUACAGAAACUUCUUUAAGCAACACCAAUGCACAUAUUAUUAGGCUCUAUGCGUAUUAAACAACCUUUGUGCCCAUUCGUGACUGCUACCGGAAAUGUUUCCAAUAUAUUCAUGCCCCGAGGCAACCUCGUUAAUAUUUGCAUGCGUAACGUUACGUGUCACUAACUAAUGUGAACGGAGUAAAAGGGCAAAAUGUCAUUGGUGAUUUAAGUGGUUUUAUUGUGGACCACUGUACUCUGGGGGUAAAAAUCAGGUACACUUUAGCGCAGCCUGAAUCUUGGAGGGAGCGAGUAACUCACACAACCAAUAUGAGGUUUUCUCGGUUAAUAAACAAAUAAAAGAAUACAUUAAUAUGUGACCAUUUAUAUUUAAAUUUUGGGAGUUACCCCCUGCUGUCUUCUCCUCGUGCUCCGCCAAUAUAAAAACUUCUCUACCUUGCUAACUAAAGCGAAUUGUCCCUGUCUCUAAAGCCAGAAGCAGCUAUCAUGUCUCUCACCGAAGACAAUUGGCAAACAACACGACCAACUAUCAGAGAAAGAACUAAGUUCGUUUUCAACAACGAACGUUUCAGCGAUGUCAACUUUGUUGUUCGGAAGAUGGACGAUGAACGCGAAAGUAAACACGUGAUUCCUGCUCACAAGUUGGUUCUGUCCAUCGGUAGCCCUGUGUUUGAAGCCAUGUUUUACGGCGAGUUGCCGGAGACUAAACACUCUAUUGAACUGCCUGACUGCGAGUACGAGAGUCUCUUGGAGUUGUUUCGUUACAUAUACAGCGAUGAGGUGGCUUUGGAUGGAAGUAACGUGAUGAGAGUAUUGUAUUUAGCAAAGAAAUACAUGGUGCCGUCACUCGCCGAGGAGUGCGCCAAAUAUCUUCUAAAGAACUUGGAUCCAUCCAAUGUUUUCAGUAUCCUUCCAUCCAUACAGAAAUAUCAAGAGAAAGACCUAAUGGAACGAUGCUGGAAACUGAUCGACGAAAAGACAAAGGAAGCUUUGAGAACGGAUGAAUUUGCGACAAUUCAGAGGUCCUUACUUAAAAGGUAAUCAUUAGAGACAAUCUAUCCGUCGAUGAGAUAGAUCUCUUUAAAGCUGUUGACUUGUGGGCCACAAAGGAAUGUGAGAGACAAGGUAUAGAGGCACAUGGUGACACAAAAAGAAGAAUUAUUGGAGAACAAAUUGUCAAAGCCAUACGCUUCCCAACAAUG